AUGGCAGGGCAGUGGCAGGAAAUUCUGGCCCGGGAGCACUGGGAGCAUGACGAUAACGUCCAGUUGCAAGGAGAGAUUCGUCGCAUCGCACAGCUGCAGUACAACACGGAGCAGAUUCUUGGGGAACAGGAGGGAUUUACGAGGAUUGUGCAGCUGAUCGACGACCUCGUUCACCGGCAGGAGGUGGAUGGCAGAUGCUGUCUAUGCUUUCAGAAACUGAAGCUUGAAGGUGUCUUGCGUGCACUGAAUCUGGAUGAAUACACGCAGAAGAUGCUGUUGGACAGUGUCCACGAAGGCCUUCAUGCAGAUGUCGAGCGCGACUGCGAGCGCAGAAACGUCUCGGUCUAUCUUCCAGACGGGCAGACUUUGCAACUUCUGCUUCCACACGACAUGACGCCACUCCGAGUCCAGGAGCUGGUUGCUCAGAGCCUGCGCUUCGAGACCAGCCAAAUCCGCCUUGUGGACUCCGUGCGGCCUUCGCCUGCCGGCCUUGGCCUCCAAGUUGAAGUCCGAGCAAAAGUUCGAAACGAGACCAUGGACUGGGCCAUGGAAAUGACCUCCUGGCCCCCUCAUCGACUGAAGGAACAGUUGAUUAUCUUCGUCCAGGAGAACCUUGAUAUGCGGCCUUUACCAACGACACCGGACAAAACGUGGGGGAGCUCUGGGGCCCUUGCAAAGAUCGUGCAUGAAAUGAGCGACCUCCUGAAGCAGCCCCUGGCCACGCGUGGAGCUGGACCUGCAUCAGACGACAAAGUCGGGGAGCUGUACCAAGACCUGCUGAACAUACUGAGAGAGCGCUUCAAGAAAUGGCCAGACACCACGCCAGAGGAGCUCCUGGAGGAACUGCAGUGA